UCAAUCUCUACAUCUUAAUUGUCGUCGUCUCAUUACUUUUUCAUCUUUUGUCCACCAUCUUCUUCCUUUCAUCAUGUUUCACAAAUUCGCUUCCUUUUUUCCCUUUCAAUGGGAAGGUUUGAACAACAACAUGAAGUAGGAUGAGAUGGCGAACGCAAGAAAUACCAAGAGGGAGGAGAUGAAGUUUAGCUGUAAUAACACAAGCUGAUGUUUGUGAUGAUGAAAAUGAUGAUUAGAAGAAAGUAAAAAAACAUGAAGUUUGGUAUAAACGAUAAUAGUACUGAACUGACCAAGAACGCUUCAUACCUUUUCAUAAGCAAAAUAAGUUAACAUUAUAAAAGCCAAAUAAUCAGGUAAAAAACCUGACUAUAUUUAUGCCAAGUAAUUGAGUUUGUCCUCAUUGAGAGACUAUCCUGAUCCCUCUCUUUCUCACUUUAAUCAUCAUCCUGAUCCUCAAUUUUCAUAAUAAUCAUCCUUUUAGUUUUCAUUCAAAAUAUCCAUUCAAGUUAAAGUCUGAUUCCUUUUCCGUGAAAUCCAACAAAUCCAGUGAAAGUCAUUUGUUUUUAUUCAUACAACAUUAAAUUUACAUCCAAAAGGAUUUUCUAAUUUAUUUUCGAGUUCUGUAUUGUCCUUACAUUCAAUAAUCGUGUCCAUUGAUUGGAAUUAGUGGAUUUGCUGGCAAAUUUAUAUCCAAGUGAUCUACAGUUAGGCAAAAUGGUUGACACAUCAACCCUUGAGUCGAUGUCGUUUGCCAAUGAGACGUCAUAUUUUUAUGAUGGAUCCAUUUCAGACGGAAUUGGACAUUUUUUCAGUAAAAUACGAUUUUUAUUUUAUUUGGUGUCACCUUAUGAAACAAUGUAUCCAAAGCUUGAAAUGGUUCCUCGAUAUGUGGUUGAGAUGUUUCCUUUUUUUGUUUUAAUGGUUGUUUUGGAAAACGCGGUUCGCCUGGUGACUCGCAGAGGAUUGGCUAGAACCAAUGAUUCCAUAGCAUCUUUAAGUUCAGGAAUAUUUCAAGAAUGUUUAAGAAUAAAAGUCCGAAGUAUUGAAAUUAUAAUGUAUUGUUUUGUAUAUGAGAGGUUCCGCAUAACAACACUUCCAUGGGACUCGUUAUGGACCUGGUAUUUAUGUUUCAUAGCCAUUGAUUUUGGCUUCUAUUGGGCUCAUCGAAUAGCUCACGAGAUUGCAUUUAUUUGGGCAAUCCACCAGAAUCAUCACAGUGGUGAAAAUUUCACUUUGGUUGCUGCUCUUCGUCAAGCUGUACUUCAACCUUUCACUGCAUGGUUUACUUAUGUUCCAUUAGCACUAUGUAUUCCACCACCAAUUUUCUUGGCCCAUCUUCAAUUGGGUGAAUUAUUUAUGUUCUGGGUUCACACUGAAGUUGUCGGAAAGCUUGGACCUCUUGAAUACAUUCUCAACACACCAAGUCAUCAUAGAGUACAUCAUGCUCGCAAUCCAAAGUACAUCGAUAAGAAUUAUGCUGGAGUUUUAAUUAUAUGGGAUCGUAUGUUUGGUACUUUCCAAGAAGAAGAUCCAAAGGAACCAGUCGCCUAUGGAUUGGUGCAUCCUGUUGAAAGUUAUAAUCCAUUUUACGUUCAAUUCCAUUCAUGGUAUUUCAUGUUCAAGAAAAUGGGAGAAAUGAAAACAUGGAAGCAUAAAAUUAUGGUGCCUUUCAUGGGUCCAGGCUGGGAACCUGGAAAGCCAAGAUUAGGACUGCUUUCAGAUAUUCCAGAGAUCAAACAUCCUGUCACAUAUUGGGAUCCACAAAUUCCUCUAUUACAAAAGAUUUAUGUUAUGGCUCAUUUUGGUCUUUGUCUAUUGUUUUAUAACGAGCUUAACCUUCGAAAGCAUAGUUUGACUCAAUUCACAGUCACUUGUGGCAUUGUUUCCCUUCUUACAUCAAUAACCACGGUUGGAUUCUUACUGGAAGGAAGGUGGUUCGCUUGUUUCCCGGAAUUAGUUCGAUGUUUAGCUUUCCUUGCCGCUGAACGUUAUCUUCUGCCAAUUGCUGCUCCACUUGCUCAUUUCGGUGUAUAUCGAGAAAUGGUCUUAACUGGUAUUAGGACCGCUUUCAUGGCAUCCGCUAUGCUUUGGGCAAUUGUUUCCAUUCAUGUAAUCUCCAAGAGAUUCCUUUACAAAAGAAUCAAAUCGAUUACCAAAUUUAUCAAAUUGCAAUAAAACCAAUGAGCGGAUAACGAGAAACGAUCAAUCGAGCAAAAUCAAAUUGAAAUCAUUGAAAUUUGUACAAGAAAUGCAAAGAUUUACGUUUACUUGGAAUGCGUCAUUUUUGUGUUUGCUAAAUUGUAGCAAAAUGAUAAAGAGAAUUGCGAACUCUCUAUUGAUUUUCAAUGUGUAAAUUUUGUAAUAUCACUUUGUUUUAAUUCAUAUUCUUGUCGUUGGUUUCUUGCUGAUUAAUUGUUGUAGAUAUGUUUACUUUGACUAUCACUUACAAAGUAAUUUAAAUUGAAACCAAAUUGCCAUCAAGGCAAUUUUGUAUCACAAUUAUGUAAAAAAGAGUCAAGAAAAUAUUUUCUCUAAUUAAAAUCGAUUGAUCGACGUCAA